AUGGGAAACAAAAACAGCCGAAUCAGUGACUUGCUCUUACGUGCCCUUGAUGACCUUUCUCAGGAAGACUUCAAAAGGUUUAAAGACAAACUCUCCUAUUCGAACUUUAACAGAAAUGGCUUUAUUCCCAAAAGUCAACUAGAGAAUGCCGACAGGGUGGAUACGAAGAAUUUCCUGAUCAAGUGCUGUGGUGGGGAUGAUGCCAUAGACACAACCAUACAAAUCCUCGCAGAGAUUAAUCAAAAAGGAUCGGCUGCUAAACUCAGAGAGGAAAGCGAGAAAGAUUAUAGGAUGAAGUACAGAGAAUAUGUAUGGGAAGAAUAUCAAGUAAUACAAGACAAAAAUGCACUCCUUGGUGAGUGCGUGAACCUUAGCAGAAGAUACACCCAACUUUUGAUUAUUCAGAAACAUCGUUUGUUAGAAGAGAGAGAACAUGAAAUUAUGUCCACAGGAAAGAAACAUGCCAAUAUAAUGGCUAAGCAACCCAGCCCCUGUUGGAUUGGGGCUUUAUUUGAUCCGGAUGAUAGCCAAGAAAACCCAAGAACUGUAGUGCUCCAGGGACCUGCUGGGAUUGGGAAAACAAUGACAGCGAGAAAGAUUAUGUUAGACUGGGCAGUUGGAAAACUCUACCAAGGCAAAUUUGAUUAUGCUUUCUACAUCAACUGCAGAGAAAUGAACCUGGUUACCAAGCAGCAGAGUCUGACUGAUUUAAUCUUUCGUAACUGCCCUGAGAGAAAUGCUCCAAUUAAAGAUAUUUUUGCAAACCCAGAGAAGCUUCUCUUCAUAAUUGAUGGUCUUGAUGAACUGAAGUUUCAUUUAGAACCAAAAGGAGAAUAUUUAAGCUUUGAUCCUAGUCAGAAGAAACCUGUAGAAAUUCUACUUAACAGUUUAGUUAGGAAAAGUAUUCUUCCCAAAUCCUAUUUAAUAAUCACUACAAGGCCAGUUGGUUUGGAGCAACUGCAGGAAUAUCUGAAAUAUCCCCGUUAUGUAGAAAUCCUGGGAUUUUCAGAGAAGGACAGAGAAGAGUAUUUCCACAAGUUCUUUGGACAUAAGCGGCAAGCCGAGCAAGCAUUCGGGUUUGUGAAAGCAAAUGAAAUGCUCUUCACAAUGUGCUUUGUUCCCAUUGUGUGUUGGAUCAUCUGUACUGUGAUGAAGCAACAGCUAAACAGAGGUGAAGAUCUUGCACGUACUUCAAAAACAACCACCUCGGUAUACAUGUUCUAUUUAACUAGUUUACUCAGAGAUCACAGCACUGUGUCAGAAAGUGGCACAAUUCUCCGUCAGUUGUGUCUCUUAGCCAGAGAAGGUGUCUUGGCGAGAAGAAUACUCUUUGAGGAAGAUGAUCUUCAAAAAUAUGGCUUAACUCAGACUGAUAUCCAGUCACUUUUCCUUCACAAGAACCUUUUCCAGAAAGACAUUGAUUGCCAGUCUGCCUAUAGCUUCAUCCAUUUAACUUUCCAAGAGUUUUUUGCAGCCUUGUCCUACAUGCUAGAAGAAAGGUUGGAAACUACUGAAGAAACAGUGUCUCAUCAUGAAGAUGUGAGAAAGUUGCUGAAGGAUUUUGGAGAGGGUGGGAAGGAGUACUUAAUGCUGACGGUGCGCUUUCUCUUUGGUCUCUUAAAUGAAGAAAGAAAGAAAAGCAUAGAGAAAAUUUUAGGCUGUAAAAUUUGGUCAACUGCAAAACAAGAGCUUCUGGAAUGGGUUGAAGCUGAGAUUGCAUCAAAGAACUUUCAAAAGCACCUUGAGAUAUUCUGCUGCUUGUAUGAGAUUCAGGAAGAAGAAUUUGUGGAAAGAGCAAUGGAUCACUUCCAAGAGAUUAAGCUGUAUGACAGGUACCUAGUGAACACAUUCAACUCUCUGGUUAUUUCGUUCUGCCUGAGACACUGUCGAAAAGAGCAAACGCUCCAUCUUGGAUACCUGCUCUUUCUAUCCAGAAAGGUGGAUGAAAAUAUACCUCUGGUCCUUGAAGGACUGAAGGACCCAAGGUGUAAUAUAAAAGAACUCCGGUUCAAGAGAUGUAAUCUCAGAGAUACAUCCUUUGAGAUUCUUGCCUCUGUUCUUACUAUAAAUCAGCACCUCAGAGAAUUCAGUUUACAGUACAGUGAUCUAGGAGAAGAUGGAGUGACAAAACUCUGCCAAACACUCAUCCAGCCCACCUGCAGAUUACAGAUACUUCGAUCUAAAUCAUGUGAGAAGCUGGCCUCUAUUAUUCCUCUAAACCAGCACCUGAGAGAGCUCCAUUUGGACCAUAAUGAUAUAGGAGACGUUGGGGUGGCAAAGCUCUGCCAAAUGCUGAUGCAUCCCGAGUGCAAAUUGCAGGUACUUAGCUUGGACAGCUGUGGUAUCUCUGCUGUUUGUUGUGCGGAUCUUGCUUCUGUCCUCUGUACCAACCAAACCUUGGCAGAGCUGUCCUUAGGCCAGAAUGACAGGAUAGGAGCAGCUGGUGUGCAGCUCUUAUGUGAAGGCCUGCUACACCCAAACUGUAAGGUAGCAGCACUCAGGUUGGAUUCAUGUGAACUAACAGAAGCAUGCUGGGAAUAUCUUUGUGCAGCUCUCAGGAUGAACCAGUCUCUGCAAGAGCUUGACUUAUACAACAACGAAGACCUCAAGAGGUACUUGGAAGCUGAAAAACGCAGCAGGAUAAAAGAAGCGAAGCAGCAGAACCACAGAAUUAAAAUACGCUUAUAG